CCACCACCCGUCCUCCCGGAGUCUGUCGACCGAAGCCUUCGCCAUGGCCGAUAUCGAUGUCAAGAUUGCUGAAUGGAAGCUGGUCGAGGUUGGCCGCGUGGUGCUGAUCCGCCGCGGGCCCUUCGCCGGCAAGCUGGCUACCAUUGUCGAAAUUGUCGACCACAGACGUGUCCUCGUUGACGGUCCUUCCACCGAGGAGACCAAGAUCGUCCCCCGCCACGUCCUUCCUCUCGCCCACGCCACCCUCACCCACUUCGUUAUCCCCAAGCUCCCCCGUUCUGCCGGCACUGGCCCCGUGAAGAAGCUCUGGGAGAAGAACGAGAUCGACGGCAAGUGGGCUAAGAGCGGCUUUGCUCAGAAGACCGAGCGCGAUGAGCGCAGGAAGAACCUCACCGACUUCGAGCGCUUCAAGGUCCUCAGACUCAGGAAGCAGGCUCGCUUCGAGGUCCAGAAGGCUCACGCUAAGAUCAGGGCGGCUGCUCCUAAGUCAUAGAUGGUUUUUAUGAGGCUCGGUGCAUAGAGUGAUGGGGUACCUAGGGACGGUUUUACCU